AUGCUCAAAUGCUUGAGUACCUCUAAGAACGAAAAGGAUACCCUGAUCGUUAAACACUCCAUCGCAUCGAGGAAACAGGCUUCCGAGGCCAAUGACCACAAUGAAUCGAACUCCGAGCAACGCGCGACCAUCACCGUGUCGCCAGAAAAGCUCGCCCGAGCACCUCGAAGCAGCCGUCCACCGGCACCGACCUCCAAAGUCCGCGAAAACCAGGCAUUGCGCCGCACGCGCCGAACGACUCGAGCGGAGAAGUCUCCACCGUUACAUUUUCGGGAUGUCGAAGACAGCGACGACGAUUAUGAGGAGGAGGACGGAGACACCGCAGCCAGCCUUGAGGAGCUGGUUACGCUGGUCAAGGAGCUCAAGAAAACCAUUGACCAACAAAACGACGCGCUCCUGGAGGUCCAAACCGAGUUGAAGGAGUUAAAGGAAGAACAGCAAUAUGUGAAAGAACAGAACAAUGAGCUCAAGGAUGAAAUCGGUAUGCUCCGGAACCAACUCGGUAGUCUGUCCGCAUCUUUGCCCUCAACACAGUCAUGGGCGUCUGUCGUGGCAAGCCGGAACGGGUCAGGUUCACCGCUUGGGACGUCUGACCGAAUGAUGGCGAGCGUCAACCAUCUCGUGAGCCACCCUCGUAGCCACUGGGCCGCAACAGAUACGCUAUGCUGCACGAUCGACGCCUCCCGUGUUCCAGAACAGGAUAUGGACAAGACCUCCCCGCGUGCCAUCAGGGCGACGGUGGAGAAAGAGAUCCGAGCUGUGACCAGAGAUGCGAAGAAUGCAAGCCGUGUCAGGAUUGCGUGUAGAGACGAGACCGAACUACACAUGGUCAAACAGGUGGCAGAAACGAAGAUCGCACCCGGCAUCAGAAUCCUCCGGGACGAGCUCUAUCCCGUCAAGGUGGACAAUGUCAACCGGCUGGCCAUUCUGGAUGCGAAUGGAGGUGUUCAGGCCGGGGGGAAGAUCCUGAGCUUCACGAGUCUGGUCACCUCCCUUUUUUCUGGUCGGAAUUUCACCCGCGACCCCGUCUUCAUCGACGUCGAGGUUGAACGAGAAAAUACACUCAAGUACGUGACUGCUGCGCUCUUCGUUGUCACCAUUCCCAAUUCAAUCGGCGGCUCCAUCGAAAUUUUUCCAGAAUCCCGGAGCAACGUUCCACCCAAACCCCGGCUCCCAAAAAUUCGCGCGAUGAAUUCCGACGGGUUGUCCAUUAGUAAUUUCGAAGACUUAGGAGCUCUUUCUUCGACCGGAGCUGCAAUUCACUAUUUCGCGGAUUGUCUCGAUAUCUCUGACCAAUGA